GUUUGUAUCAUCAAGGCUUGCAGGGGGCAGGCUGCAGGAAUGAGGGAGUUAACGGCGGUUGCUUUCUCCUUUCUGGAAGGAAAACUCCCCACAAACGCCCUGGUCCCUGGCGUCCCGCCAGGGCCAAGAACAGGGACUGAAAACUGGAAGUUCAGGCGCGUGGCCAGCUCUGCCUCUCAUAGCAAGCGUUAGAGUCGGGCAGCAGCCCUGCCAUCGCCAGCUGUCCGUCCAUACACCCACCUGUCCUCUGGGUGCCUCUGUUCGUUGGUAAACCUGUCUGUCCACUGUCUGUAAUCCCGUCUCUGUCCAACCUUCUCUUACUAUCUUUUGUCCAGCUAUCUGGACUGUCAAUCCAUUUGUUUGUCUGUCUCUGGCCUCCAUCUAUUUGUUCACCUGUCCAAUCACCUGUGAGUCUAUCUGCCCAUCUUGUUCAUUCAUCCACCCAUCUGUCUGUCUACCUGCCUUCUCUCUCCACCCUGGACCUCAGAGCCAUGGCCCAGGGACGCAGGGCCACGGUCAGCAUGGUACUUCUGGGAUUGGGGCUGGCCCUAGCCAUCAUCGUGCCCGCCGUGGUCCUCUCUCGCCACCAUGCCCACUGCGGCUCCCAGGCCUUUGCCCACGCUGCGGUCGCCGCUGACUCCAAGGUCUGCUCGGAGAUUGGACGAGCCAUCCUCCAGCAACAUGGCUCACCUGUGGAUGCCGCCAUUGCGGCUCUGGUCUGCACCGGAGCCGUCAACCCUCAGAGCAUGGGGUUGGGCGGAGGGGUCAUCUUCACCAUCUAUAACGCCACCACAGGGAAGGUGGAAGUCAUCAAUGCCAGGGAGACGGUGCCUGCCAGCUAUGUCCCCCGUCUGCUGGACGAGUGUGAGCAGGCCCAGCCACUGGGCACAGGGGCCCAGUGGAUUGGAGUGCCCGGGGAACUCCGUGGCUAUGCUGAGGCCCACCGUCGCCACGGCCACCUGCCGUGGGCACAGCUGUUCUGGCCCACCAUCUCCCUGCUCCGAGGGGACUACCGCAUGCCCUUUACCCUCAGUCAGUUCCUGCAGAGUGACUUCCUACGGCCUUCCCUGUACAUGACUUCUCUGAGGCAGCUCUUUUUCAAUGGGACAGAACCUCUGAAGGCUCAGGACCCAUUCCCAUGGCCCGCGUUGGCUGCCACCCUGGAAACCGUGGCCACAGAAGGUGCAGAGGUCUUCUACACAGGGACGCUGGGCCGGACACUGCUGGAGGACAUUGCCAAUCAAGGUAGCCAGCUGACCCUGCAGGACCUGGCAGAGUUCCAGCCGGAGGUAGUGGAUGCCCUGGCAGUGCCCCUGGAGAACUACACCCUAUACUCACCGCCACCACCCGCAGGGGGUGCGAUUCUCAGCUUCAUCCUCAACGUGCUCAAAGGGUUCAACUUCUCCUCUGAGUCGGUGGCCAGGCCCGAGGGGAGAGUGAACUUGUACCAUCACCUUGCGGAGACGCUCAAGUUUGCCGGCGGACAGAGGUGGCGACUGUGGGACCCUCGUAGCCACCCGGAUAUCCAGAACGCCUCCCAGGACCUGCUGGGAGAGGCUUUGGCCCAGCACAUCCAGCAGCAGAUCGACGCUCGGGGUGACCAUCAUCUCAGCCACUACAGCCUGGCCGGGGCCUGGGGCCACGGGAUGGGCACAGCGCACGUUUCUGUGCUGGGGGAGGAUGGCAGUGCUGUGGCAGCCACGAGCACCAUCAACACGCCCUUUGGAGCAAUGCUGUACUCGCCACGCACGGGCAUCCUCCUCAACAAUGAGCUUCUGGACCUAUGCUGGAGGCGCUCACCGGACUCCAGAGUCACCCCACUACCUGUUCCAGGCGAGCGACCUCCAUCAUCCAUGGUGCCCUCCAUCUUGAUCAAUGCAGCUCAGGGGUCAAAGCUGGUGAUCGGUGGGGCUGGUGGGGAGCUCAUCAUCCCUGCUGUGGCUCAGGCCAUCAUAAACAAGCUGUGGCUUGGCUUUGACCUGAGGACUGCCAUUGAAGCCCCUAUCCUGCAUGUCAACAGCGAGGGCCAUGUGGAAUAUGAGCCCAACUUCAGCCGGGAGGUGCAGAAGGGGCUCCAGGACAGGGGCCACAACCAGACCAUGAGGCCCUUUUUCCUGAACGUGGUCCAGGCCGUGUCCCAGGACGGGGCCUGUGUGUAUGCAGCAGCGGACCCAAGGAAAGGUGGGGAGGCCUCGGGCUACUGAGAAGACUGCUUCUGGCAGCUGCAAUCCGACCCACCGUCAGUGUGUGCUCAGGCUGGCCUUGGCUGUGGGACCCAGCACCCAAGCAAGAUCUGGACCCUUCGGCGGAGGGUCAGCCUGGGCUGCAAGAGGUGGGGACAGGCUGGAAGAUGGACAACUGUGGGGACUGAGCCCUCUCCCAGAGUCCCAUGUGGCCCUGCCCUGGCCCCCCAAGCUUCCCCUAGACCUCUUACUCAGGACCGUGGCCCACUCUCCCUCCCCACCUGCCCCACUCCCCAUCUGUAUACCCUCUAGUCCAAGAUUAAAGAGGAGGGUGGACCUCGGCAUGA